AUGUCGCAAGAUCCUCACUAUCAACAAACCCACGAUGCGGGCGGCGGCCCAGCUGGGCCUUCGAGCCAAAACCCGGCUGCGCCAUUACUGCUGCCAUCCCAAAUUAUCGAGGCCAGGCAGUCAGCCUUGGGUUCAAGCAUUGCGAAUUGGAAUCCAGAGCCUGACGCUCAAUUUAUCUCUCGAGCCCCAGGACCCCGGGAACGGGAAAGAGGCUGGACGAACUACGACUGGUUCAUUUCCUACGAUGAAGACGGUCGGACUUACCAAGCAUACAUGCCCGGAGAGUAUAAUCUACCCAACGACGGCGAGGAGCAAGAUCGUCAAGACUUCCAGCACGCUCUCUACGAGAUCAUUCUAGACGGCAGACUAGCCUUGGCACCGAUCGAAUCGCCACAUUAUGCUCUGGAAAUUGGUACCGGCACUGGCAUCUGGGCCAUUGACUUUGCAGAACAGCAUCCAACUUGCCAUGUUGUCGGUACAGAUCUGAGUCUUAUCCAGGCGGCACCAAGGACGAGCAAUUGCCAAUUCUUCCUGGAGAACUCCGAGACACAAGAUUGGCUUUUCCCCUUUCGGUUAGAUUAUGUCCAUCUCCGAAGCAUGGGGCCCUGCUUCACAGAUAUAAGGACAGUGUUCCACAAGGCGUACAACCAUAUGAGCGCAGGUGGCUGGAUCGAGGUUCAAGACGGUAUAUGGGAAAUAUUCUCCACCGAUGGCUCGCAUCGCGGCUCUGCCAUGGAACGCUGGCUGGAUUUGAUCAAGGUCGGCGCUCUAAGUCAAGGACGCGACAUGUCCAAAGUUCGUAGGGCGAAAGAGUAUCUCCUCGAGGCCGGAUUCACCAACAUUUGCGACAUUCAGAUCCCUGCGCCGACGAGUCCUUGGGCCAAGGACAAGAGGUUAAAGAGGAUUGGAUACUACAAUGGAACUGCCAUGCUGAGUGCGCUCGCACCAUAUCGCAAGAUGCUCGGCUUUGCGGGACUCGAACCAUCGGAGAUUGAGGAUCUUGUCAGCAACGUCUCAAAGGAGCUUCACGAUAUACGCAAGCAUUGGUAUAUGGGAUGGUAA